AUGAAGGUCAUUCGUAGCGGUGCGCAUCUUGCUUUGCGGGAGGCUUUGUAUUGGAAGAAGAUCGAUCGGAGGUGGCUUUGUGGAUCUGCAUUUCAAAUAGGUUCGCAAGGGCCUGAGAAAGUGCAGGAGCCAGCGAAGGCUGCAUCUCGAGGGGGUCUGCGUGUGCAUGCCUCACCUGCCGCUACGUUUGUCCAUUCUCCCGAACAACUGUUGGGGGUAGCGCGUCCGAUUCGAUCCAUCACAACACCAACGCCUGUAGCAAAGGGAAAAGUGUCCGCAACGCGGCAUCUGUCUUCAUGUAGCGCCGCAGUCUCGUGCGUGUGUAGGUCAUUGCGUCGUGCCCCGUCGCGGCGACCUUUUGCCCGUGAGAAAGGUCUGUCUACGGUGCCCGUCGGAGAAGUCGGGAUGACUUUCACGGAUGGAGGGGAGGACAGAGCGACACAGCCGCGAGUCCGCGAUGCUUCCACUGCUGUGGGGGGCUUUUUACACACCCCUCCUACGCAGAGGAUGGGGGGAAGUGCCAGUGGCCCAUCUCUGACAUCCCCAGGUACCUUCAACGAUGGUGAAAGCGCGAGCUCGACCUGGGUAUCGAGGGAGCAAGAGCAAACCCUUUCUUUGGCAUUGGCUGGGGCUUCACUGUUCGUGGGAGGUAAGGCUGGAACCGGCAAGUCAUUUCUUCUGCGAGAAAUUGCUCGUGUGAUGAGACUGAGGGGCAUACGUGUUGCCGUCACAGCCUCGACGGGGAUCGCUGCGCUAAAUGUUGGCGGUAAUACCUUUCACAGCGUCUUUGGAGUGCCAGUCUAUCAGGACGACGGGGCAGACGGAAGCCGUUGCACUCGCUGCGCUCGAGCCCCAAAGGCUUAUCGAGGACAGCUCACAUACGAUGUGAAGGUACUCUCACAGGUUGACGUAAUUUUUAUUGAUGAGGUCUCCCUUUUGCAUGGUGGGUACCUCGAGGCGCUUGAGCGGGCGGCACGAGGUGCUGAGGGUAAGAACCCUGACAAACCGUUCGGAGGGAUUCAGAUAAUUCUUUUUGGAGAUUUUAUGCAGCUAACUUCUUUUUGGUCUCAGCAGGGAAGUCUUCCGUACCGGGCGAAUGCUUUAGCAAGCAUAGGGAAACACAAGGAUCGCUUUGUGUGUGCUCGUGUUGCCAGGGAUAAUGACGUGGCUGUGCAGUAUGCUGCUAUCAAAGCCGCCUUGGAAAGGGUACACAAGGACUCGGAUCGCAAAGCUGUCGGGCGGCGGUUUCGUGUGGGGCACUACAGUACGCUUCCCAUGUAUGAGAGCUACGCGUUUCGUAAUUUCCUCCUGCACGUUCAGCUGGGUGAAUCUGCGCGGCAUCGUGUAGACGUAGACUUUCUCCGUGACCUCAACCUCCUGCGUGUGGGCAUCCUGACGUACAGGCUGUCACGCUCCUUUAUUUUAAACCCUGAGGAUGACGGUGCCAUUCGCCUAUUCGCCACCAGAAGAUCCGUCAAGGCGUACAACAGAAAACAGAUGCUUGACUUGAGCGGGCGAGAAGUAGUCUUUAAAAGUCAUCUGAGGUUAUCAUGUGUGAGUGAGGGCAGCCCGGCGGAUCGAUCCCACGGCGCUGAGGGUCCGCGUUGCAACCGCACUAGCCGGGGGUUCUGGUCAGACGUUGCUCUCCUUCACUUUGCCCCUCGUGGAGUUUUUCCCAGACGUGCCGUGCAUAGCUGCUGGAAUUUCGGCGCGAGACGCUGGGCCCUCGACAGGGUGUGUGCGAUAAGCGACUCUGAAGCCCAGUCUAUCGUACAUGAGGUCUGCCAAGCAAGUUCACUUUCUGCGGACCGCUUCUUUGCUUAUGUGCUGCCGUUUGCCCCCCGUUAUUCACCAGGCGUCCGCUCGAUUGCUGUUCGCUCUUUUGGCGGCAGCAGAAGGCAAGCGACUACGCAGUUAAAUGUUUUCUUGUCUAGCGCGAGCGAUCGGAUCCAGCGGGGCGCCCCCCUGAGGGAUCUCGCCGGGGUUAGUGCCGGUAAUGUGGGCUCCAUGUUUGGUAGUGUGCCGCGAUGGGUGUUGGUUCGGUUCGAACCUUGUUCCACACAUAAGCUUGCUUCCUGUCUGCAGCACCGAUUCCAACACCACUUCCGUGGUAACAUCGAGGAUGACUUAGUCACGCAGACCAAGAGGCUGAAAGUAGGCUGCCGUGUUAUGCUUCUUCGUAACCUGAACGCUCGAUACGUGAAUGGGUCGUUGGGCACAAUCGUUGAUUUCGCUCCGCUCUCUACCUGCGGUCAUUUACUACCCCUUGAGCUCAAAGUUCUGCUCGCUCCCAACUGCCUGUUCUUUGCUCCACCUGUUGGCCGAGGAAAGCGGGGCGAUGGUGUCGCACUCCGAGGUGGUCUCGGUGAUUCAGCGAAAAGAACGAUGCUUGAGGGGGUUGCCGAAGCCGCGUCGAUGGGAACCACCAUGGUGCAGCGCAUGCCCAUACCAAGCAGUGCCACCGCAUUCACAGGCCAUGUCGAGCUGCCCCUCGUGCAGAUGGACGUGGAUGGCAGUGUGGUCGCCAUUCCCUGGAUCACUUUGCCUUUUCCUGGAGCCCCGUCGGGAGUUUUUUUUUCGGUUCGUGUUAUGUGCAUGCCGCUGACCCCGGCCUAUGCAUUUACCGUGCAUAAAAUUCAGGGUAUAACCUUUGAUCGCCCCGUGCUGUUCGAUGCUGCCGGCAUGUUUCCAUGCGAUCAUCUUGUCUACGUGGCGGCCAGCCGUGUGAGGCGCUUUUCGCAAUUUCGAUCGGUCAAUGUGUCGCCGCGAAUGGUAACGGUGCACAUACCCUCCCUUCGCUUCUCAGAGCACCUCCCUGACAUCAGCACGACAACAGCGAGGUGGGGUGCGUGGGUGAGAUCACGUGGUCUUUCCAUGAAUGAUGACACGAUGGGAAGCGGGUUAUUUUUGCCGAAUUGGAAAGAUCCGCCGCAGUAUUUAUGUUGA